AGCGCGCGUUUUCCUUUAUCUUUCAAAUUGUUUCACGAUGAGUUCGUCAACUUUGAUCUUAGACGUCUCACACUCCAAACGACCUCUGGUCUUUAGAGAGAUACGUUUUCAACCAGAAUGGACGUUAGAACAUGUCAAGAAGAAACUCGAAGUCGUUACUGGAACUUUGCAUUCUGACUUCUUAAUAGAAGUAUACGAUGACAGAUUCCAGAAAAUUGGUGAAAUGGUUGACGACCAACAGGCCACUCUAGGUUCCCUUCCUAUCAGGAAUGGAUAUCGUUUGCAUAUAGUCGAUCACCGCGAAGAAGACUGGUCAGAAGACCGUAUAUGGAAAGAGGACGAAGGUCAUAUGGUUUCAAAAUAUCAAGUCCCAGAAGAAAACUAUGCACAAAGAGAAGUCAGUGGGAGGAAGUUUCGUGAAGAGAUGCUUCAAGCCAAAGCGUCAUAUUCAAACAAUGACGUUGACAUUCAUAUUGGAGAUAGAUGCCUCGUGGGUCCGGAUAAUCGCCUUGCAACUGUUCGAUAUAUAGGAAAGCUUCCUGCAAGUGACGUAGCAACUGAGUUUGUCGGAGUCCAGUUUGAUGAUCCUGUAGGAAAGAAUGAUGGCAGUUUUCAAGGACAUUAUUACUUUCAUUGCGAAUCAGGAUACGGAAGCUUUGUGCCGUAUCAUAGGAUAACCAAGAUGCAGACUAUCCAACCAGAAGUAGGGAAUCAGGCUCUAGAAGAAUUGUAGAACGUUGUCAUUUUGUAAGGAAAAUAUCGAUAUUUGGAAGAGUUUUUAUUCUUUUGGUCAAAUGCAAUGACUUGUUUAUGGAGGGCAACGUUACAGGGGUUUGUGUCGACAAGUUUUUUGUGCACAAGGUUCAACCCAAAUAAACAUGUAUAUUCCAAACUAUAUCAAAAUUUCAAGAGAAAGCCUUCUUGUUUUGAUAAUAUUCAGGACUAUCUGACAACGA